AUGCACAACGACGGAGGGUGUUGGGACUACGACCUCGAGAUCAUGUGUCCUCACGCAGUUGAUCGUAGCCAAGGUGGCUUGGUUGAGAUCGAUCUUUGGUAUUUUGGUACUGAUAACCUCCCUCAACUACAUCGCCGCGAGGGGUUUGUGGAAGCAGUUGUGAAACUUCCAUUGCUUGAACACCUUGAAGUAUCAUAUUGCUCAUUGUCGGAAGAGAGUCUGAAAUUUUCAAGCCAGUCUUGUCCCAAUCUGAAGACGUUGAAGCUAAACUGCGAACCUAUGUUCAGUUAUGGUGAUGACGAAGCUCUAGUAAUUGCAGAGACGAUGCCGGAACUACACCACCUGCAGCUUAUAGGGAAUGGACUAACUAACAAGGCGCUGAACGCCAUUCUCGACGCUUGUCUUCACCUUGAUCUACGCAAGUGUUUCCGUGUUGAUUUUGAUGGGACGAUCAAAGAGUUGAAACAGCCUUGCGACUCAACCGGUGAUUCCCCUUUUGAUGAUUUUGAGAGCAUCGAAGAAGAGGAAGAGGAAGAUUACUCAGAUAACAGCGAUGAGUCUAUGAUGUUGACAACUUUUCUGACAGGUAUGACUCGUGUGAUGACUAAACAAGGAUACAAUGAGUCCAAGGCCUGUUCACGAGUAAAUCAGUGUUUCGUCUCUCUGCUUCCUGCAAAAUUAGGGUUCUUCGUCCAAGCCAUCACCCACGAUCUACGAUCUUCCCUCAUGCAAGGAGAUGGAACUGCGAGUAUAAAAAUAUGUGGAUAUGUUUAUUCAAAAUUCGCGUUUGUGAUUCCUUUUUUGUUCACAGUGACCGAAGAGCAGUUUCAUUUAACUUCGAUAUGUGACAGUGACAACGAUUGCAGCUGUAUCAAUCAGCAUCGAUGUAGGAGUUCCCAUGAUCGGAAUGGGAGAAGGAUCUAUGAGACGUGGUCAGGUCAUGUUCUUAUGUUUUACUUUAACUUUAACUGCAUCGUUGAUUGUUCUCAAUCAUUCACCAUGGUACCAGAGACGCUUCCAGAAGAAGCACUCUCUAAGAUGAGCACACCACCAAAGAGUGAAUCACCAAUCAUAACACCUAACGAACUAACUGAAGCUGAUGGGUUCGUCUUUGGAUUCCCAACAAGGUACGGCAUGAUGGCUGCUCAGUUCAAAGUCUUCUUGGAUGCUACCGGUGGACUCCGGAGAACUCAGUCACUCGCUGGUAAACCAGCUGGAUCUUCUACAGCACUGGCUCUCAAGGUGGUAGCCAAGAAACCACUGCAUCAAUCUGCUCAUGUCUACAUCAUUUGUGAUGGAGGAAACAUUGAAGGAUUUGCUACCAAAGUGACUGAGCCUCAGCCUAAGUACUCUACCACAGAGAAGCAACUUUUUGACAUGCUAAUCUCGAUAGAGAAAUGUACAUAUGCGCAGUAUGGAUGA